AUGAACAGGAUAGAAAACAUUAUUGCUAGAAUAAAUUCCCUCUGCAGUGUGUUCCUUUGGAGAGGUGAUAUUGAUAGCCAUAACACUGCUAGGGUCGCAUGGGAGACAGUGGUCCUAACAACACAGCAAGGAGGUCUCGGCGUGAAGGAUCUUCAUACAUGGAACAAAGCAUGCUGUCUGAAACUAGUGUGGCUUCUGUUCUUUAGAUCAGGAUCAAUGUGGGUGGCUUGGUUCAGAGAAGUUGUACUCAAGGGAUCGAUCCACAACUACUGGACUACAAAGCCAAAGGUUUCAUUCUCUUGGCUCGCAAACAAGAUCCUCAAACUUAAAGAUGUUGUCUACCCAUUGAUUAAACUGCGAUUGGAGAAUGGACUAUCUGCUAGAUUUUGGCAUGACAACUGGUCCCCCCUAGGAAAUGUUGCUACACUGCUGAACGCUCAAUCAUCAAGGUUAGGCAUUCCUCAACAAGCAACAGUGGCCUCACUAUUCCGUAAUGGAUCAUGGCGUCUUCCACCUGCAAGAUCAGAGCAACAGCUACAACUUCAAGCACAUUUAACUACAGUCAACCUCACAACUGAGCCAGACUACUUUGAAUGGGAGAUAGAAGGAAGGAUCUCUAGCAAGUUCUCUACUGGUGAAGUGUAUCAUUACCUGAGACGGGCGCAUGAUGAGCUCCAGAAGAUGCUCCCUUACACCCUCACGCAACUGGCCCGACGCGCUUAA